CCGAGUCGAGACUUUUUUUGUGUUCUAUCAGACUCCGCUUAGCUACGGCAGUACGCUUGUGCUUCUCUACCUUAAUUCAAGGAAAGUUUUGAGCUGUGAUCCUAGCAAAUUUUACUAGCUCCACGGGGGGCGGGGGUGUCCCCCUUCUCUUUCGAUCACCUGGGGGUUCAAUGUAACUGUUGGACUGUCCUUAAUUGCCAUUUUUGUGGCCGUGUUACAGUAAGCACGCAAUCCCGUGGUGCAGGAUCCUCAUAAGGAAAGCAGGUAAGGGGGUGCCAUGCCGGCCGCCGCUCCCCUGCUGCUCCUCCUCGCCAUCUGGUGGUGGCCCCUGGUGCUGCUGCUGCUGCUGCCCCCGCUUCCCCUCGCCCGGGCCGGGCCGGGCAAGGCCCCCCCGCCCGGCGACCCCGCCCCCGCCUACACCGUCCCACCCGACCCCCUGACCGUUGCGCUCGACGGCGCCCCCCUCAGCCACCUCCUCCUGGACCCCGCCACGGGGCACGUCUACGUCGGGGGGGUGAACUUCCUCCACCACCUCUCCCCGGACCUGCGGCCCGUCUCCCUGGGCAGGACGGGGCCCAAACUGGACAGCCCCGACUGCCUGCCCCCCAUCGACCCGCGCGACUGCACCCAGGCCCGGGAGACCGACAACACCAACAAGAUCCUGCUGCUGGUGGAGAGGGGGAGCGAGGAGGAGGAGGAGGAGGAGGGGGGGGGGACGGACGAGGAGGACCGCCGGCGCCUGGUCGUGUGCGGGACGGUCCUGCAGGGCAUCUGCGAGAAGCGCAGCCUGGGGAACGUGUCCCGGGUGCUGUACCGCACGGAGAACCCGGUGGACACGCAGUACGUGGCGGCCAACGACCCGCGCGUGUCCACGGUGGGCGUGGUGGUGGAGCAGAGGGGCGCGCUGGUGAUGCUGGUGGGCCGCGGCUACACCAGCAAAGGCCCCGGCGGCAUCCCGCCGAUCACCACCCGCCGCCUGGCCCCCGGCCCCCGCCACUCGGCCCCCGCCUUCUCCCACGAGGAGCUGGGCAAGCUGGUGGUGGGCAGCUACUCCGAGUACAACAACAACUUCGUGGCGGCGCUGCGGCACGGCGCGCACGUCUACUUCCUGUUCUCGCGGCGCGACGUGCGCGGCAUGCGGGACUACCGCACCUACGUGUCGCGGCUGUGCGCGGGCGACGCCAGCUUCUACUCGUACGUGGAGGCGCCGCUGGAGUGCCGGGGCGGGCACAACCUGGCGCAGGCGGCGGCGCUGGGCCAGCUCCGCGGCGCCCCCCACCUGUUCGUGGCCAUGGCGACGGGGCAGGCGUCCACGCCGGUGCCCGCGGCCCGCUCGGCGCUGUGCGCGUACGGCCUGGCGGAGCUGGACCGCGCGCUGCAGCGGGCGCAGCUGCUGUGCUACACGCAGGAGGGGCGCGGCACGCAGGGCCAGGAGGAGGCCUACAUCGAGUACGAGGUGUCGUCCGCCUGCCUGCGUCUGUCUCAGAACGUCCUAAACGAGUACCCCUGUGGAGGGGAGCACACCCCGAGCCCCAUCGCCAGCGCCAUCCCGCUUUCGGCCGCGCCCAUCCUGACGUGGAACGAGCAGCUGACGGCCGUGGCCUCGGCCAAUGAAGUGGGCCACACCGUCGUGCUGCUGGGGGACAGGAGGGGGCAGCUGCACAAGGUGUUCCUGAAGCCUGACGGCAAUGGGAGUCUGUAUGAGACGGUGCUGGUGGACAAGGACAGCCCCGUCAACGCUGACCUGCUGCUGGACGCUACCGGACAGAGUGUUUACGUCAUGACCCGGAGCCGGGUGACCAAGGUGCCCGUCUCUCAGUGUGGGCGACACAUGGACUGCGACUCCUGCCUGUCUGCCUGGGACCCCUUCUGCGGCUGGUGUGUGCUGGAGGGCAGAUGCACCCGCAAGCUGGAAUGCUCCCGGCAGGCGCGGGCCAAUCACUGGCUCUGGAGCUAUCGUCACGGAAACAAGUGUGUGACGGUGGAGAGCCUCAGUCCAGCCGUUCAGAGCAGAGAGGAGCGGACGCAGGUCUCCCUCACAGUGGUGCAGUUGCCCUCUCUGUCGGAGGAGGAGGCCCUGACCUGCUCAUUCGGCGACCUGCGUGAUCAGCCCGCGGUCGUCAAGGAGACCAGCAUCGUGUGUCAAUCACCGCUGCCGGAGGACCUCCCACAGAGCCCUCCUGGCACGGAUCAUGUGACCCUGCCCGUGGCCCUGAUGUUUGGGGAGGUGAUCAUCUCUCAGGCCAACAUGACCUUCUAUGACUGCAGGGCAGCGGGACAGCUCAACAAGACCUCCCCGUGCAUGGCGUGUGUUGGCAGUUUGUGGCCAUGCCACUGGUGUGUUCUGGAUCAGCUAUGUACACACAGAGACAAAUGUGCCCAUCAACACAUCAUCUACAACAUGCUGUCCCAGGAGCUGGAGCCUCGGGGGGUGGAGUCCUGCCCCUGCGUUUCGGCCAUUCGGGGGUCCCCCCUGGUCCCCGUCGGCUUCGCCACCCAGUUGGUCCUGCUGGGGCGCAACCUGGACCUGUUUGAGGAGGAAGAGAAGUACGAGUGUGUGGUGGACAUAGAGGGGGAGGAGCUUAUUCUGCCCGCCACCGUGGAGAAAAGCAAAGAGCCACAGACUCACACCAUCACCUGCACGGCUCACCAGUUCCAGUACUCUGUCAGGCAGCUGGAGUAUGCUGCCCCCAUUUACCUGCUGAGAGGCCCCUCCCACCGCAUAGACUCCGCCCCUCACCUGCGAUUGCAGCUGUACAACUGCACAGUGGGGCAGUCGGACUGCAGCCAGUGCCACGCGGUGUCUGCGCAGUACGGCUGCGUGUGGUGUGGAGGAGCGGCUCCCGGCUGCGUGUACAAGCCCUCCUGUCCCGCCAGCCCGGAGGAGAGCUGCCCCCCUCCGCUGAUAACACGGAUCCACCCCCAGACUGGGCCCUUGGAGGGGGGUGUCCUGGUGACCAUCUGGGGCUCGAACCUGGGCCAGCAGUUCCAGGACGUCCAGGGAGGGGUGACGGUGGCGGGAGUGUCCUGCGUCCCACAGCCGGAGGCCUACCUGAUAUCCACCAGGAUUGUGUGUGAGCUGCAGCCCAGCGCCACGGAGACCCAGGGUCCGGUGACUGUUACUGUGGGAAACGCAGAAAUCGGACAGUCUGCACAGAUCUUUACUUACCAGAGUCCCCAGCUCAGCGGGAUAGUGCCGCUGAGGGGCCCAGUGUCUGGUGGGACGGCCCUCACGGUCCAGGGGACCCAGCUUCUGACAGGACAGAGAAGUGACCUAACAGCCUACGUAGGCCAACACCCCUGCUACAUAGUGGAGGAGGUUAACGACACACAGCUGGUCUGCCGCACCAGCCCUGGAAACCACACGGGGGAGGAGCAGGUCAAAGUGCUGUUUGGCAAAGCAGAGAGGGUUCUGGGAAAUGCAGUCUUCCAGUACACAGAUGACCCAACCAUCACUGAUGCUGAACCUGCGGAAAGUUUCAUGGGGGGUGGGCGUGGCAUUAAGGUCAGUGGGCGGAACCUGGAUGUGGUGCGGCAGCCAAUGAUAUCGGUGUUGACCGAACCGGAGGAACGCGUGAGGACGAAACGAUUCGCUCGACUGGCGGCAAAAAAUCCCGGUGUCCUGUUCGACAGCAGCGUGCCGAAGAUACAGGAGCCCUGCACCGACGUCUCCUUCGACCAGAUGACCUGCGCGACGCCGACUGUGCCGCCGAGGUCAAAGGUCGCCGGCGUGUGGUUCGAGAUGGACAACGUGAAAGUGGACUUCGCCAGCGUCAGCGGGAGGCCCUUCACCUACCACCAGGACCCCGUUCUGCACCCGCUCAACCGGGACGACCCGGAGGCCCCUUUCCGCUUCAAACCCGGCGGGGUCAUCGCCGUGCAGGGCGAGAAUCUGACCCUGGCCAUGACCCGGCAGGAAGUGGUCGCCACGCUGGGGCAGGAGGAGUGCGAGAUGAAGACGUUGGACAGCACCCACCUGUACUGCGAGCCCCCGGAAACGCAACCCCUGAGCCGGGACAACUCCGACAACCCCCCCACCCUUCGCGUGGUGAUGGGGAGGGUGAAGUUUGACCUGGGGCCCGUGCUGUACGACGGUGAUGCUCUCUCCCCGCUCCCCCUCCCCGCACAAGUGGGCCUGGCAGCCGGGGCCGCGGUGGUGGUGCUCAUCGUGCUGGUCAUCAUCCUCAUGUACAGGAGGAAGAGUAAGCAAGCUCUGCGGGACUACAAGAAAGUGCUGGUUCAGCUGGAGACCCUGGAGAUUAACGUGGGUGACCAGUGCAGGAAGGAGUUCACAGAUCUCAUGACUGAGAUGAUGGACCUGAGCAGCGACGUUGGGGGUCCGGGGAUCCCCCUCUUGGACUACCGCACGUACGCGGAGCGCGUUUUCUUCCCCGGCCAGAGGGGGGCGCCGCUGAGCCAGAACCUGGACCUGCCGGAUUCCCGCCGGCAGACGGUGGAGCAGGGCCUGGGGCAGCUGAACAACCUGCUCAACAACCGCCUGUUCCUCAUCAGGUUCAUCCACACCCUGGAGGCCCAGCAGAGCUUCUCCCAGAGGGACAGAGGCUACGUGGCGUCCCUGCUCACCAUGGCCCUGCACGACAAGCUGGAGUACUUCACCGACGUCAUGAAGACGCUGCUCGGCGACCUGGUGCAGCAGUACGUGGACAAGAACCCCAAACUCAUGCUGCGCAGGACUGAAACAGUGGUGGAGAAGAUGCUGACCAACUGGAUGUCCAUCUGCCUCUAUUCCUUCCUCAAGGAGGUUGCUGGGGAGCCCCUGUACAUGCUGUACCGGGCCAUUAAGUACCAGGUGGAUAAAGGGCCCGUGGACGCCGUGACGGGGAAGGCCAAGCGCACGCUCAACGACAGCCACCUGCUCCGAGAGGACAUCGACUACUGCUCUAUGACCCUGACGGUGCUGCUGAAGAGCGGGUCCGAGGUCCAGCACUGCCCGGUCAAGGUUCUGGACACGGACACCAUCACGCAGGUCAAGGACAAGAUCCUGGACCAGACGUACAAGGGGGCGCCGUUCUCCCAGCGGCCGGCGGCCGACUCGCUGGACCUGGAGUGGCGAUCCGGACAGGCAGGUCACCUGACCCUGUCUGAUGAUGAUGUCACCGCCAUCGUCCAGGGACGCUGGAAGAGGCUCAACACCCUGCAGCACUACAAGGUGCCGGAUGGUGCCACCGUGGCUCUGAUCCCUCGCUCCCAGAGUUCUGUGCAAAUGGGCGUCAGUCAGGUCUACCAGACUGGAGAGAAGACGCCCAUGCUGGAAGGUGAGGAAGAGGAAGGUGUGCGUUUGUGGCACCUGGUGAAGUCCAGCGAGGAUCCCGAAAUUCCCAAACACCGCAAGAGCAGCAUGAGGGAGCGGGAGAGAGCCAAGGCCAUCCCCGAAAUCUACCUCACCCGCCUGCUGUCCAUGAAGGGCACGCUGCAGAAGUUUGUGGACGACGUGUUUGUGGCCAUACUCAGCACCAAGCGGCCGCCACCCAUCGCCGUGCGCUUCUUCUUCGACUUCCUGGACGAAAUGGCGUUGAAGCACGGCAUCGAGGACCCGGAGACCGUGCACAUCUGGAAGACGAACAGCUUGCCCUUGCGGUUCUGGGUGAACAUCUUGAAGAACCCGCAGUUCGUCUUUGACGUGCAGGUGACGGACAGCGUGGACGCGGUGCUGUCCGUCAUCGCUCAGACCUUCAUCGACUCCUGCACCACGUCCGAGCACAAAGUGGGCCGGGACUCUCCCGUGAACAAAUUGUUAUACGCCAGAGAGAUCCCCAGAUACAAGCAGCUGGUUGAAAGGUAUUACAGCGAUAUCCACAGUGCGGUUUCGGGCUGCUACCAGGAGAUGAACUCCACCCUCACGGAGCUAUCGGGGAGCUUUGCGUCAGAGAUGAACAGUUUGGUGGCUCUGCAUGAACUCUACAAAUACAUCAAUAAGUACUACGACCAAAUCAUCAUGGCCCUGGAAGAGGACGCCGCCGGGCAGAAGAUGCAGCUGGCCUACCGUCUGCAGCAGGUCGCCGCCUUGGUGGAGAACAAAGUCACCGACCUUUGACCCCUGCUGACUGUCGCCAGCAAAUGGCGUUGGAGCAGGGCGCUGCACUCAGGGGGCGGGGGGGGGGGGGCCAGCUGAGGUUCGCGAACCCCAGUGGAAAUACAAGCCUGUGCUGACACUGGAGCCCUCAAUCAAUUCCUCUUUGGAAAAUUGGAUUUCUUUUUAGGAAUUUUCUAAAAAUGGAUUUGGCAAGGGAACUAAAAAAAAAAAAA